AUGGUUAAGAAGUGGUUUACAGAGUUCCGUUGUGGUCGUACCAGCAGUAGUGACGCCAAACGUUCAGGUCGCCCAAAAGAAGUGAUCACGCCGGAAAUCGUCGGUAAAAUCCAUGAAAUGAUAUUGGAUGAUCGGAGAAUGAAAGUGCGUAAGUUGGCUCAUGCUAUGCGAAUAGCACAUAGAGCCUGCUUGGUUUCAGGAUUUAACGACUAUGCUCUUAGAUUACAGUUUGUGCAGGCGCGGCUCCAAGCAAUAUCUGUUCUAAUAUAUUCAAACGCUCUUUACGAUAAUGUGGAUAAGAUUCUUUAUCCUGGAUUUGGAGAAGAACUUUGUGAACUUAUUGACAAAGAGGAUGUUAAGCUGGUAGAAAUAAGAGCGGCUGUACUCAGAACGCUUACAUCAAUAUUACAUUUUGAUCGCAAUCCGAACGUACCAAGACCUGGAACAAGACUUCCCAAAAUUAUACAAUAUACUGGUGCUGAGCAACAAGGUGGUAUACUUCCUUCGCUUGUUCGUGAUUGUAUUUUUAGCUUAACGGAAAAUGGAUCUUCCGAGAAAUAUCCUUUGAUUCUUGCGACUUCUUUGUUUAGUUUAUUAUAUCAUUUAGCUAGUUAUGAAACAGGUGGCCAAUCGUUGAUUAAAAGCGGAAUGAUGCAGAUUCUUUUACAUGUUAUAGGAUGGAUUGGAGAUGAUAUAGAACAUAUAACAUUUGUCACACGAGCUGUUCGUGUUGUAGACUUAAUUACAAAUAUUGACAUCGUUAAGUUUCAUCAAUGUAAUGGGUUAAACAUAUUUAUUGAUAGAUUGGACAAAGAAGUAAAAAUUUGCAAGGAUGUGAUUGCUAAAUGUCAUAACGCGUGUGAAAGUAAUAUACUAAAAUCAACUAGUUUAUCGAUGAAGUCAAAUUUAUUUAUCGAACACGAAGAAAAUAAAUUAGACGAUUUGGAAAACAUGGAAACUAAUACUGACAGCAAAGGCUUAGUUACUGAUAAUAAUAGUAAAGAACUCAAAGACAAUUUUGAAAAUGGAUUAGGAUCAUCUUCAAACUGUAUAACAUCGAGAUCAAUCGUAAACAAAACAGAACAAUCUUUAAAUAUUGGUGAAGUAUCAACAUCAAGUAUUACCAAAAGACUGACAUGUAUAACUCAGAGAGCAGCUUUAUUAAAGUCAAUGCUGAAUUUUUUAAAAAAAUCAAUACAAGAUCAUGCUCAUUUUAAUGGGAUGCGAAAUAUAAUGGAGUCAAGUUUGCCAUGUGCUUUGCGUCAUAUAAUAUCAAAUGCAGAAUUUUAUGGACCAUCAUUAUUUCUUCUUGCGACAGAUGUUGUUACAGUUUAUGUGUUUAAUGAACCAUCAUUAUUAUCUUCGCUACAGGAUUUAGGAAUUACUAAUGUUAUACUACGAUCUUUAUUGCAAAAAGAUGUACCAGCAACAAGAGAGGUAUUAGGAUCUUUGCCUAAUGUAUUUUCUGCAUUAUGCCUUAACGAACGAGGUCUAAUUGAAUUUAUGUCUUACAAUCCGUUUGACAAACUGUUGAAAGUACUUUUGUCACCAAAUUAUUUGAUUGCUAUGCGAAGACGUCGUUCUUCAGAUCCUUUAGGAGACACUGCAACAAAUUUAGGAAACGCUAUGGAUGAUUUAAUGAAACAUCAUCCGUACCUUAGAAGUGAUGCAACAGAAGCAAUCGUACGACUUCUUAAUGAGUUAGUUCGCUUAGGGACAGAAUCACACUUUAUUUGUUGGCGAGCUAAUAAAGAAAUCACUUCGGUUCAGAGUACCAGUCAAAAUAAUAGAUUUACAAUGGACGUUGCAAAUACUACCCAAAACGAUGCUGGUUGUUUACUUGAAGCUACUGAGAAUCAAAAUGAAAGUAGUGCUGAAGAUGACGAUGACGAUGAAGAAAUGUCUUCUACGUCUCAACACAAUAUUCAAUCUCAAAAUCGUUCAUCCAUGAUAAAUCAGCGAGAACAAUCAGUUUGUAACUUAUAUGAACGAGAAGCUAUUCCGCUUAUUGAUUAUAUUAUAAAUGUUAUGAAAUUUAUUGAGGCAAUUUUCAGUAAUAGUUCCAAUGGAGAAUAUUGUAAGGAAUUUGUCUUACAUGGUGGUUUAAAUCCUUUAUUACGUAUGCUUUCCUUGCCUAAUUUACCUGUUGACUCACCAGUUACUACUACUGCACAAGCUGUAGCAAAUGUUUGUAAAUCGAUUUUAAAUUUGACACACGAAACUCUAGUAAUUGAUUCAGCGCUUCAACAAUUGUCAUCGAUAAUGAAUAAAUUAACACCACUAACAGAACAUUUCCGUUUUCAAAGUGUUAGUGUGCUUUUAACAGAAUUAAUCAAUUGCCCUAAAAUAGACGAUGGUUUCUCAAUAGCUAAUUAUACACCAUUGCUUCACAGGAUGAGCUCUGUUCAUGGUUAUGUAGUCAUGUUAGUGAAUUUAUGUCGCAACUCUUCAAAUGAAAUGCGAUCAAUGUUAUUAAAACGGUGGGGCAGUAAUUGUGAAAAGGGUCUUUAUUUACUACAAAAUUUAGUAAAAUUAUACAUAUCCUUAGUUUGGGAGAGUACAAUUUUACUUAGCCUGUGCUCAGAUGAUGGAAGUAACAAUGCUGAUUUGAAUUGUUGGGAAAACUACUGCUUAAGUAACGAACAUACUAAGGAUUGUGGUGAAUUCUCCUUAAAAACAAAUUUCAUCAAAACAAAACUGAAACCGGAAGAGAAAUUACGUUACGUAAAGUCUCUUUUAGCGGCGUCGUCCCGCUUAGGUCGCGCCCUUGCAGAACUUUUUGGAACUUUAGUGAAACUAUCAGUUGGGACUCCGCAAUCACGACAACGACGGAAUAACGAUUAUGUUACUAGUAUUUCUAGCAGCAAAUAUCCAACACAUGAUGCUAAAGAAAUUGCCCGCGUUCUGAGUUCUAUUUUAGUCAACGGACUUACUCGUGAAACAUCUGAAUCUGUUCCAAAAUUAAAACUUACUUUUCUUAUAUGUUCCGUUGGGUUUACAGGGCCUAUGUUAUUUGAUGAUAAACGGAGCUCAUUUCAUUUGAUGAUAUCUCAAUUCUGUGAAGAAAACGGACUUAAAGCGUUUUUUGAUAUGUUUUUUUGGGCAUUAUCUUUGAAUUGCCAAUCUUCAUUUUUCUCUUUUGAACAAUGUUGUACACAAAAAAAUAUUUUAGAAAAUAGUGAAUAUGAUGUUAAAGAUUUUCCUGAUAGUACUGGAGAAUUUUUGGAUGCUUGGUUACAAUUAUUAGAAAAAAUGAUUAAUCCAAGAUCUAUUUUGGAAUCACCCUACUCUAUAUCAAAAAGAUUUCCUCAUUCGCAAGAAUCUGUUCAGUUUGAACCAAUAUUUUAUUUAAUUCAAAUGCAUCGUUUAGCAAUACAAAUCAUUAAACGUAUUUGGCAAAAAAAACCAAUAGCUAAUUUUGGAAUAUCUAUGACCGAAACUAUGAUAAAUAUUAUAAAACAUAUAAUAAAAUCUCACACCUCUUUAUGUGAUAAAUAUCAAUUACGUUUGGCGGAAAUUAAAAACAGUGCAAUGGCGAUGGAACAAUGUAAACAAACCACCAAAGCAGAUAUGCGUGAAUCAACUAUCAACGGAGAUUACUUAAAAACUUUAAUUGAUAUGGGAUUUAGUCGAGACCAUGUAAUAAAAGCUUUGCGAAAUACCCGUUCAUUAGAGCAAGCCACUGAGUAUUUAUUGAAUCAUUCAGAACAUGAAAUUUUAAUUCCAUUAACGAGAGAAACUGAACGUUUGGAUGAUGACAGGCGUAACUCGAAUGUUACUCGCGACAUAAUGGAUAUAGAUAUAUCUGAAUGUGCUGAUUUGCCAUGCAGUUCUUCUAAUAUAGCCAAAAGCUAUUUUUUUAAUGUGAAUUUGAUAAGUCAUGACACUAUUAAACAAUUUUGUGAAGAAGCUAUUGAAAGAUCAUUUUCUUUCAUGGAACAAUUGCCGGAAACUAUACCAAUUGGAUCUGAGUUAAUUGCAAUUAUAUUUCGACACUUUAAUCAUGAAGAUAAACAAACAUUUGUUUUGAAUAUAGUUAAACAAUUAAACGAAUGUGUAGAUACUUUUGUGCGAAGUGUAAAAACGGGCUGUGACAUAAAUAUUGAUAAGUUUGAAGAAUAUCUAUCUGAUUCCAUUACUAAUACACUUUUUAUUCGAUUAAAAGUAACGAUUUUGCUUUUGGAUGAAAUUUAUGCAGAUAUUCGAAAAGAUAUAUGUGCAGCAAUGCUAAAAGAGCAUACCUUAAAUUCUUUACUUUUAUUACUAACAAAAACUGAGGCACUUCUACAAAAGCAAUUAGCAUUAGGUGUAAAACCAACACCUCCACGUUGGCUUCAAUAUUUAUUUGAAUUAAUUGAUAUAAUUGACAGUGUAAGUUUGAUUUUACAAAGAAAAUCUAAUAUGCGCGCAGUUUCAACGGACACAUGGAAAUGGUAUGAUGCAUCUACAGGGAAAUGGAAUUCAUAUUCGGAACCGAAUAACACUUUAAUCAAAAAUGCGUUUAAUACAGGAGAGCGUUCCGUUUCUAUAAAUAUAGGACGACAGCGAUACACAAUUAAUUUUAACUGUAUGACGCAAGUAAGUGAAGCUUCUGGUAGUCAUCGUCCCGUUUUACCUGUUCUUAAAAUAACUCAAGCUUUGAAUACAUUUUGUGUUAGUAACAUAAGUAAUAAGAUAGAAAGUGUAUUAACUAGAAUUAUACGUUCUAAAACUGAUGGAAGAAGCACAUUUCACCAGGAUGAAGAAAUAUACUUAAAUUCGCUUAUUAACUUUGACUCAGAUGAAAACAGUAAAGAUAAAACUCUCGACGCUGAAAACGAUAAGAAUAUGAAAAUUGAAACCUCACAAUCUUCUUCUGUUUUUCCUGAAGAUUUCAAUAAUCAUGUGUUUAUUAGUAAUAACGUUGCAAACAUGAACAAAUAUAAAGAGCGAAAUGAAAAAAAAACCUUCUCGUGUUCAUUCAAACGAGUUCAAAAAAUUGUUCUAAACGAAGAAAAUAUUGGGUUAGCAAAAUACGAUUCAACUGAAAUUAUUAAAUGUUGUGUACGCUUAUUGAAUCCCUUAUUGCUUUUAAAUUAUGAAGUGAAGCAAUCAAUAUUGAAGUUAUGUGCGCGUUUAACUCGCGAAUUCGAGAAUGCAAAAUUAUUUUAUAGAAAUGGUGGAUUAAACAUUUUGCUUAAUAUGCAUCAGCCGUGUAAUGUAAUGGGGUACCCAACGUAUGCUAUUGUAAUUAUUCGCCAUAUGGUAGAAGCGCCUGCAGUAUUGCAAGAGUCCAUGGAACGUAUUAUAGCAUCAAGGACAUUUCAGUCGGUACCAGUUGGUCAUCGUGAUCUUACGUUUGUUUUGACGCAAAUAUCAUCAGCAGUAGGUCGUCACCCAUCGAUAUUUCUAGCAGCCGCUAAGCAAAUUUUGCAAGCUGAUUAUAUAAAUAAUCCAAUAUCUUCACUUGAUGAUUCUAGAUUUUUAGUCAAAUCACAAUCUAUUCCACGAAAAUGUAAUUUAUCGACUGAUAAAGUUGAAGACGGACUAUAUUCACAAAUUUCAACUAAUGUUAUAAAAGAUAUUUUAAAUUCGCUUAUUCAACCCUGUAUUCAUUAUACAAAGUCUUCAUAUAAAAACAAAUCCAGUUUAUUUCAUUCGCAAGUAACGGAAGUUUUACUUUCACCCACAGGGGAAUGUUCUAUAGAUAUAACAAAAAAAAAUACUAAAAAAAUUGAAUGGUGUUGCUGCAGCUGGCAUACUCCCUCUAGCGGGCAUACACAUUUAAAACCAUUGUUGCCAAGAGCUACACUUAUGAAAGCUUUAGCAGAUACUAUUCGUUCUUACCAGUCCACUGUACCGCGGAUUAUAAUAGACCACAGAUGUUAUCCAACUGAUAGCAUUUUAAUUAAAAAGGAACAAUCAUUUCUAUCUUUUAUUUUGGAUAAUUACUUACCCAUAGUUAAUAGAGGGCAAGAUUCUGAAGUUUGUGUGAUGUCUAGAGUAUUAAUAUUAUCACUCUCAGAUUGCUGCGGACAACCAUAUAUUCAAACGAAAGUUGUCGAAGAAAUUCAAGACGCUAUCAUACGUACAUUAUCAAUAAAAGAUCCUUACAUUAAAAAUAGACGAGUACAGAUUCUUGUUAGUUUGUUUCCUAUGAUGAUUGAAAAUCCAAUGCAAGCAAAUAAAAUACACACUCAGCGAAAUAAUAUGAAUAGAAUUUUAUUGCGUAAAGGGAUUAUGACAAUAUUAUCAAAACUUAUACAAUAUAAAGACUUGUCUAAUUCAAAUAUAUUAUUAACAAUGUAUUCAAUCCUUAAACCAAUGGAGAUGUUGCUGCGACUAACAGUUGCACCUGGAUCCUUAUCAUCUAAGAGGAUACUAAUAGGUACAAGUGAAAAUCCGGUCACAAACCGUCGUGUUUUUCCCAGAUUGACGACACGUUUGUCAUCUAAUUCAGGUUCCAUUGGAGGAGAAAACGUUUUAAGAGAUAUUAUAAGAAAUGUUUUAUCAGAUAGACGUCAUGGAUUUGAUUUCAUAUUUAAUGCAGAUGAUUUAUUAAUUAAUCCACAGGCCGAAGAUAUCUCGACGUUAAGAAGUACUGGUGGUCCAGUGAACAACGAAAAUAUGCAUAGUUCUGCAACUACUAAUCACCGUCCUCAGGUUACUUUUGAUCGAUUGUGGGAUGAUUUAUUGCAAAAUGAAAAUCUUAGAUUAUUAAAUCAAAACUCAAAUUUAAAUAUAACGUCAGCAGGUAACAAUACCGCUUCUAUUAACAGUCGUUUUCACAACGCUAAUAGUGAACCCAGUAAUAAUGAAAACAGGCGAAAUGGAGGAAGUGAUGGGGCAUCAUCUUCUUCUGAAACAGUUGCUGUAGUGGCUGAUAAUGCAACAUCGCUUGCUGAAGUAAGUACUAGCGAAUCAGAUACCGAUUCAAACAUAUCAUCCGAAAAUGAUGACCAAAAUGAUGAAGAUGAUGACGAAGAUGAUAAUGAAGAUGAAGCAAAUAUUGAUGGUGUAGAAGAUCCAAAUGAUGCAGAUGCCGAUGAUGACACACGUCAAUUUAUCGAAGUGUUUGAUCAUAUAUAUGAACCAGAAUCUUCAGAAGCAACAUCUAAUGAUGCGGAUAUAGAUGCUGAUGAUGAAGCUUCGGAAAUUAUUACUAGAAGCAAUAUCAUAGAUCAUAAUAUGUUAACAGUUAGAAAUACCAGAUUGGGGACUACUGAUAAUAAUCAAUUGUUAAUAAGAACAGAAGGGCAAAAUAAUGCGUCUGCAAUUGACGAAACUAUUCAAGCUCCUACUUCACUUUUAUCUAAUGAUAGUGUUUUAACACGAUCUAUAAUUCAUAAUAAUAGUAUCAACUUUCAAUUAAAUUCCGGUCGUACAGUGCCGGCGUCUGUUUUAGUUUCUCCAAGAUUAACUCAUAUCGAUAGCGAAAUAUAUGCUAAUUAUAGAGAUAAUACCGAUGAAGAAAUUAAUGAAGCGAAUUCAAUAGAUAUAUCAAAUAACGUUCGUCUUCAUGAUAAUACAGUAGCUUCUUCAGUGCAACUAACUCAAAACAAUCCGAACUUAAUGGGUUCUACCGGGCAAAGAAGAGAACAAUCUAGGCGCUUAAUAUACUUAGAUCAACAAUAUUGCAUUUCUAUGCCAUCAGUAAAUAAUCCAUUAGAUGAAGGUCAAAUUGAAGUUUUUAAUCAAGACGCUUUACAUUGGUGGUUGGAAGAAGCGAAACUUUUAGAUCUCGAAUCACAAACAGAUGCAUGUUUAUAUACUACUCACUUUUUGAAAAUAUAUUUGAUUAAACACCUACAGCAAAUGACUAUUAGAAAAAAAUCAGAAACAAAUGCAAGUGUGAACUGUUUAUCUAGUCGUCGAAGUGCAAUACCAGUACUUAUUCAGCCUUCAGCAAAUAUGCCACAUGAAAUGCAUCCGCAAAGUACAUCUUUAACAAUUGAUGUCAGUCCAACUUUGAGUAAUGCUGCUAGAGAAACUGAAGAAAAUGAAGUUCCAUUGAACACUUCAUUACAUAUUUCAACAUUGGGAAAUGACAAUAAUGUGCACAAUGUAACAAAUUUAGACGAAACAAUUGAUGCUGCAAGUGUGAAUGCUGAUGGUUUUUGUAACAAUAUCGACAAUGCUGCUACAAACGAAAAUGAACAAAGGGGUUGCGGAAAUGAAAAUUUAACGAAUGAAUUUGAAGAAAGAGACAGUUUAAUAACCGAGAAUGAGCUAAAUACUUCUUUUAAUAUUGAAAACAAUAGCAGUUCUAUUUCAGAAAGCACUCAUAAUGUACAAAAUAUUACUGCUAGCCUAUAUAUACCAGAAGAUGUAUCCAUUGAAAUUUCUCCUGAACAAGAUUACUCUGCACAACCAUCCGAGAAUAAUGUAGUGCCAUCGUUAAAUAGAAGUGAAACCAGGAAUCAAAUUAUAAACGAAAUUAGUCCUGAAGUACGAGCGGCACUUGGAGAUUUAGUUGUUCCGGAUGGUGUAGAUCCAUCUUUUUUGGCAGCAUUACCAAGUGAAAUGCGAGAGGAGGUAAUCCAAGAACAUUUAAGAAUGCAACGUAGCCGACAGAGAGCGCAACAAAAUGCAAUUCAAGUUGCUCAUGACUGUAUACUUGAAGUUAAUCCAGAAUUUCUAGCCGCAUUGCCUCCAAAUAUCCAGUCAGAGGUACUAUUACAACAAAGAAUAGAACAACAAAGGCAAGCAGCACAAUCUGUUAAUCCUGAUGAUCCCGUAGAUGCUGCCGCAUUCUUUCAAAAUCUGCCAGAUUCUUUAAGACAAACCAUUUUAACUGAUAUGGAAGAAUCACAAAUGGCUAGUUUGCCACCGGAUCUUGCAGCAGAGGCGCAAAAUUUACGGAGAGAGUGGGAAUCCAGAAAUAAUAGUCGUUUCGAUAAUUCACAAUCAAAUACACUCAGUAAGUAA